GGGGGGACUGAGAGACUGUGUGUGUGUGUGUGUGUGUGUGAGGGGCAGGGAGGCUGAGGAGGCCCCGGGCCCCGCCAUGACGGACUUCAAGCUGGGCAUCGUGCGGCUGGGCAGGGUGGCCGGAAAGACGAAGUACACCCUGAUAGACGAGCAGGAUAUCCCGCUGGUGGAGAGUUACUCCUUCGAGGCCCGGAUGGAGGUAGACGCCGAUGGAAACGGGGCUAAAAUAUUUGCGUACGCGUUCGACAAAAACAGGGGAAGGGGAUCCGGGCGUUUACUCCACGAGCUGCUGUGGGAGCGACACAGGGGCGGCAUCGCCCCGGGGUUCCAGGUGGUGCACCUCAACGCCGUCACGGUGGACAACCGGCUGGACAACCUGCAGCUCGUCCCCCGGGGCUGGAGACCCAAGGCCGAGGAAAUCUCCAGCAAGCAAAGGGAACAGAGCCUGUACUGGCUGGCCAUCCAGCAGCUUCCCACGGACCCGAUCGAAGAGCAGUUCCCCGUCCUGCACGUCACCCGCUAUUACAACGCCAACGGCGACGUGGUGGAGGAGGAAGAGAACUCCUGCACCUACUACGAAUGCCACUACCCCCCCUGCACCAUGAUCGAAAAGCAGCUCCGGGAAUUCAACAUCUGCGGGCGGUGCCAGGUGGCCCGUUACUGCGGCUCGCAGUGCCAGCAGAAGGACUGGCCCACGCACAAGAAACACUGCCGCGAGAAGAAACGCGCCCUGCACCGAGAGCUGGAGCCGGAGCGAUGACCGGCCGGCCCCAGGGCCGCCGCCUCCUCGCCCCCCGCCCCGCCGCCCCAGCAGCCGCGAGACUCUCGUUUUUGCACAGUCGAACGACGGGCUGGUUAUCGCAGCCGGAGGCACUGAAGAAAACCAGAAGCCCGCCACUCGCCCAGACCUAAAGCCUCCCGGGGCGGUGGGGCGGGGGAAAAGCUGGACGCGAAAGGGACGGAACGCCUCCCUUCCGGCGUUAUUUCCCCAGCAGGGACUGCAGGGGAGGAAGCUUCCCGUUAUUUAUAUGUUAAUAUGUUUGUAAAGCUCAUGUACAGUUUCUCUCUGUCCCCCCUCUUCUCCCUCCCUCUCUCUCUGUCUCCCUCCGUCUCUCUCCUCUGUGUGUUUGGGUUUUCGUUAGAAGUUCCAGCCAUUUUGCCGUCAGGAAACCCGCCGGGGGCCUCCGGCGUCCCGCCGCCCAAGCCAAAGCUUCCCCGGACGGGCCGGGGCAGGGGGCGGAGCGGCAGUUUACUUUGGAGAACGGUCUGCAUGGAAGCACUAUUGGAAAAAGGCAAAAAAAAAAAAAAGGGCAAAACGAAGUAAAGGGUUGGAGUGAC